AUGCCUCUCAAGAAGGAAGCACUGUCAAAAGAAGCAAAAUUUCUUGAAGAAAUAGAAAAAGUUAGAGAUGUAAUAAAGAAGAAGCAUCAAUUAUUAAAAUUAGGGAAAGAAAGCAUAUCUGAAACUGCUAACGAGUACUUAAAACCAGUCAUCGGACCACUUGAGAAUAUAGCUGCUAAAAUAACACCGAUAAUAAACAAUAAAAAAAGCAAAAUUAGUAAAGACAACACAUAUGAUUCUGAGAGAGAAGAAGACAGUAUUUCUGAUAGAACGCAUUCAAGUAAUUCUGGAAAUAUAAAUACAGAACAAAAUCUCAGUUCUGUUGAGGAAACAGAGGCUUUCCAUGAUACUAUUGAAGAUCUACAACUGAUAGACCAAGAAGCUGAUGAAACAGAUUAUGGGGUUAAAAGAAAAAACAGUGGAGAAUAUAAAAUUGGAAAUGCUGAAUUACUAUUUGAAAAUAAUAAUAUAAUUGUUGCUGAUGAAACGUAUGAAAUAACCCAAGGACUACUGGAAUUAUUAUUUAUGAAAUCCCCAGAAAAAACCAAAGUCACUCAAAUUGAUGAAAAAAAUUAUGCUCAAAUUCUUCUCAACACAAAUGCACAUUUAAGAUAUCAUAAUUCUAAAAAUACAGUGAAAAAUUCAGCAUCACAAAAGUAUAUUACAUUCAUAUUGCCUCACAUGAAGAGUACACAACAUCAUGGUUCUGGUUUACUACCAACAAAUAUGAUAAUUCAAAGUAAAAAUCAAUCUAAAGUUAAUUAUGUUUAUUGGGAUAAUCCGAACGAGCUUGUUGAUCGUUUAAGAUUGCUAGUUGCUUCACGAACAGCUGGCAAUCCAAGUCACGAUAAUGAAAUCAUGUCAAUCAUUGAAGAACUAAGAGAGGCCAACAUUAUACAUUAA